UAGAGCUAGCGUGAUUUUAUGAGCAUGUGUUUGAUACAUACCAGCUUCGGCGUUUCUGGUCUUCGUCCUUUUCUUUCAGUUUGCCCCAGUAAUAGUGUGCCUUCAAGUACGCGAGACGAAUGAAUGUAAUGUAGAGAUGUUAGGGUGGUGGCUUGGAAAGACUAGUUUCUUUGGACGACAACAUCAAAGUUGAGAAUUUGAUUUGAUCUCAUAGUAUCUGUCCAGUGAACAUUUUCGGCGAAACGUGUACGAACUGUACGCCAUGACGGCAAAUCACCAGCAGCUGGCUACUGCACUCAGUUUCGUGUCUGAGCUCUGUACUAAAGUUCUGAAAACUGACACUGAGAACGCGCUCAGCAGUCAUGUGAUCUCGGGCAGUGUGCUGCAGCGACAUGUCAAUGUUGUACAUGAGAACAAUGCUGAUGCUUUGCUGUCAGCUUGCCUCUCAGCAAUCCUGUCUGAUCACAUCAUGGAAGAGCUACUGCCGCACUUUAACCAGUGUAUGGUGCAGGACGACCAGUCACAGGGCAUGGCUUGGUUCGUGGAGGCGGUGGCUGGCGUUCGCCAUCACCUCUCCGUUAUGCAUGCGCUAGUGGAGGGAGUGACUGUGCUGUGCCCGGACAGGGGCAGCGCUAUCUGGAAGCAGUCGUUUGAGCUUGUGGCCUCACUCUUUGUGGAUCAUGGCUCACCGGCGUUUGGCGAGAAGGCCAAGCAGUUUUACAGCUUGACACUGAGUGCGUAUAGGGCACUACAUCCUAUCGCUAAGGAAGAGCUAAUGGUGACUAGUGAUGAUGAUGAGGAGGACGAUGAUGAGGACGACGAGGAAGAUGAAGAAGAAGUCAUGGCUGAAGACGAAGCACAGCAGUUCAUGGGCACUCUGGACAAACUCACCAAGCACCUGUCUGAACUGGCAUGGCUACCGAUUGUGAUUGGUGACUGCAUUGAUGAGGUCAUAGCAAGCAAGAUUGAUUGCUUCGUGCAACGUUACAAAGAGAAGUACUACCAUGCCGCCCUUGCGCCAAGCAUCAAGUUUUGUGAGCUCCUUGUCCUGCCAUGGAUGAAACUUGUCGCACCAGUCGAGGCGCUGAAGAGUGAUUCAAGGCAGCGACAUGCAGAAGAUGUCCACGAGACAUGGAGACGGAGAUUGACAGAGAUCGUUUCCGAUAGUUUACUGCAGCUCAGAAUCAAGGAAAUGUUCAACAUUGUUGUUUACUACCCGGAGAGCAUUCCGGUCAUUGAUGAGAUGAAGCACUGUUGCCGGACUGCCGAUCAGAAGUCCCUGUUGGUGACCAGUCUACGUCGAGCGUUGAUCGAUAGACUGCUGCAACCCGGUGCGGAUACGCGGGACAUCAUAGCGCAAUACGCGUCACUGGUCAAGGCGCUGCGCCAGUUUGACCCGACUGGAGUUGUGAUGGAGCAGGUCUGUCAGCCGGUGCGUAUCUACCUCAGGUGCCGUGAGGACUGUGGUAGGUGCAUUGUGGAAACCCUGCUGACAGAAGAGAGCGGCGAGCUGGCUGAUGAGUUUGAACGGGGCGUGAAGAUCAAGGGCUUUGAAGACGAUGAUUACGAAACGGUGUUUGAGAACUGGGACAGCUGGAAGCCGGAGCCAAAGGAUGCUUGUCUUGACAAUACGUCAGCGAGUCGGACAAAGACCGAUGUAAUUGGACUGCUCAUCUCUAUCUAUGGCAGCCGCGAGCAGUUCCUGUCUCAGUACCAGGCCUUGCUAGCUGCCAGGAUUCUGCGAUCGUUGACUUAUGACAACAUGCAGGAGCUGGGUAAUCUGGAGCGCGUCAAGCUGUGCUUUGAAGACGCCGACUUGUCACGCUGUGAUGUCAUGCUGUCUGACAUCACUAGCUCACGUCGUGUUGACAAGGCUAUACACGAGAUCCUGGACGAGCCGGACAACGACGACGACGCAGAGAGUGACAGGAGAUCAGUUAUGCCAUGCAGUGGGUUUCACACGUUCAUGUUAUCACGUGCGUACUGGGAGAGUCGCUUGCCCCAGGACACUCACCUGGCUAAGCUUAAACCUCCGCAGCCAGUCCAAGGUGUUAUGGAGGAGUAUGGUAAGCAGUUCUCGCGUUUGAAGAACGACCGUCGCUUGGAGUGGUGCCAUAAUCUGGGACAAGUGGAGCUCGAUCUGAAGUUCCCCAGCUCAACUCUCAGCUUCACGUGUGACCCGAUGCAAGCUUCGCUCAUCUAUCUCUUCCAGGGAGAUCGUGUAUGUUGGAGUGCAUCUGACCUGAGUACUGAGCUAGAGGUCAGUGAGAAGACGCUACGCUCUGCCCUCAUGUACUGGGUUAGCGAACGCGUGCUCAGCGAAGACAAGAGCAGCGAGGACGACGGCAGUACACCGUCCCUGUAUCGUAUCAUUUCCGACACGACAGAUCUUGAAGGUGGUGACGUUGCAGACAAGAUUGUCCUAGCUGGAUCUGAUGAUGGGCAAGUAGAAGGUGACACCGGUGAUGAGGAACGUAUAGAGACGUUCUGGCAGUACGUGGAAGGUAUGCUGACCAACUUUGGUGAGCUACCCCUGGAGCGCAUCCGUGGCAUGAUAUCUCUGUAUGCUGAAGAUGAGGUGUCAGACAGUGAACUCAAGAAAGUGAUGGACUUCAAGCUGCGGCAGCAGGAAGUGCACUAUUCAGCUGGCGUCUAUUCCUUACCGGAUUAAUCUCCACUGCUCCGUUCUUUGGAGAGAUGCUUGCCGUGGGGAUGGGAGCUCCGCCAUCGUGAGUUACACCUGCACGUCCUCAUUCACCCGCCUCAAUGACAUUUGCAGUUGCGCAGAAUUCCACCAAGUAGUACUAUUGUCACUUGCCACUGUGUGGAGUAGUGCAGUGUAGCAGUGUACACUGUACUCAGCCGAUGUGCUGCCGUUGCUGUCACUCUAUCAACCUGGACAACAGUAGACGGAGAGAGUGUGGAGUGUGUGGGCCUGUAGACGGGUCACACUGGCUGCACUGCAACCAACCUCAGUGCUCUCGUUCUGCAACUGUUCAUUCUGCAGGUGUGGUGCUCUUCUGUACAUCGGGCUGCUGGACAGGUCGCUUCACUGCCGUAACGCUAUUUCACGCUGACUGUCUCUUGCUGUUUGUUGUCUGUGCGCAAACCUACUUAGCUGGUAGUAGCAGAUACUUGUACAUUAUUAGUGUGAUAGCAAUCACAUAGUUCCAGCACCGAACAAUAUUCUAUCUUAUGAUUUAGGUAAUCCGCGCCAAUAAUUUUUUGCCCACGCUUUAUUUAAAGCUAGAUAUUAUCGUCUUCUUUUUUCAUAAUCUGUUCUGCAUGAUCUGGCUCUACUAAGGGCAUGUUCAAUUGUACGAAUCCAUCAGCCCCAAACCCGGAUUCGCCAAA